UUCAAGGAAAGGUUGGACCUGGUGCUUAGGGACAGGGUUUAGUGGGUGACAUUGGUGGUAGGGGGAUGGUUGGUCCAGAUGAUCUUGAAGGUGUUUUUUUUUUUAACCUUAAUGAUUCUCUGAUCUUUGCUUAUUUUGAGCAAGGCCGGUAUAUCUUCACCGCAGAGAGUAGAUUUGGCCACCAAAAAAUCAGACACCAGACAUACCUCCUGGACAGACAGUAUGAAGGACCAAAAAAUGAAGAUGUUACAGCCUACCCAUGGGCAAUAAAUCAGGCAGCCCACCACAGGCCGUAGUAGUCCUGUCAGGUCCUCCCUCUGCCCUUGUGUUUCACAUUUCAUAAAGGCCUUACCAGCACAUUUCUGUUUUUAUGUAUAACCUGCAUAUUCACAUGCAUUUUCAGUGUAAAGAACAUAUAUGUACUUACAUGCAUGUAUGUCACAUUAAUAGCCACUAACCAGUGAUAAUGUACAUUAUUAGAUAACGGGAGAAUAAAUAGACUGAGAGGGCUUCAUAGGUACUACCUAAGUGCAAACUGCCAUUAACAUUAGUGGACAGUACACAAUGCAUAUUAUAGAGAAAAGUGAGACAUUGCUAACACUUUUCAGGUAAUUUACCAUAUGAAGGAAUGAAAUCGUGCAGUCCAUGAAGUCUAUCUGCUGCUCUAAAGACACAAACAGGAACCUAUUAGUUGUUUGGCUAAAUACUGUAACGUGAGUCUUUAUUAUGCACACAGGAGACAGGUGAGUGAUGCUGGAUAAGAGCCUUGAGUAGUCAGACUAGAGAUUUGAUGAAAUGCUCCUAUUAUGACUCUUUGCAGCCUGUGGAAUAGGGAAGCUGGUUACUUGAUCCUCUGCUUUACCUGAACCUCAUUGUUGUAGCUUUUAAUAUCUGAAUAUCCAGACCAGCUAUAAAGGUGACUUUGAGGAAAGAAUGAUAGGACAAGACUCAGCAGUCAGAGCCAGAAAUGGGCAACAAGCAAACCAUUUUCACUCCAGAGCAACUGGAUGCAUAUCAGGACUGCACGUUCUUUACAAGGAAAGAAAUUUUGAGACUGUUUUACAGAUACCGAGAUCUAGCCCCACAGCUAGUUCCACUCGACUACACCGAUAAACCAGACGUGACACUUCCCUAUGAACUCAUUGGCAGCAUGCCAGAGCUGAAGGACAAUCCAUUCCGCCAGCGGAUAGCUGAGGUUUUCUCAGAGGAUGGAGAUGGCAAUAUGACUUUAGAUGACUUUUUGGACAUGUUUUCUGUGCUGAGUGAAAUGGCUCCCAGGGACUUAAAAGCUUACUAUGCUUUUAAAAUUUAUGAUUUUAACAAUGAUGACUACAUAUGCAAAUCAGAUCUGGAGAAAACUGUUAACAAACUGACCCGCAAUGAGCUUACCCCAGAAGAAGUUCGCCUUGUAUGUGAAAAGGUGAUUUAUGAAGCUGACCUGGACAACGACGGCAAGCUUUCUUUGGAAGACUUUCAGCACAUGAUAAUACGAGCUCCAGAUUUCCUCAGCACAUUUCAUAUUCGAAUCUGAACCUAGAAAAACUUAAUGAUAGGAGUGCUUCUUGAACCUGCAACAACUAUCAUUUCUCUUGAGACUACCAUCAAUGAGAGUGAUAAAUGAGAGGACCACAGCUGACGAUUUCUGGAAACAGAACCAGUCAGAGAACCCUUUCUCUUGUCUACCUCUUUAGAAGGAACAAUCCAUCUUCACUGAAAUUUCUCUGUAAUUUCCCAGGUGUGUGUUUUUCUAAAAUUGUCUAUUCCUAUCCCCUUCCCCAACUAGAGCAAGUCUAGACAGUGAUAUAGAAAAAAUCUUAUUUUUAAUUUCAGAUACCAGCAGAUAGGAAAGGAACUUGUAUCAAAUUCUAAAAAAAAAAUAGCUUCUAAAAAAAAUCCUAAGAAAAUACCCUACUAUCCACUAAAAACAAAAACAUUAUAGACUUACUCUACAAAUCCCUAUACCAUUUCCUACUGACCUACUCCUUUUCUCCCGAGAGACAAAUGUAGUUCUAGUUCAGGAAAACAUAUUGUUGCCCACAGAACUUGGUCUUCCUUAAAAAGAGUGCAGUAAGUACUCACUCAGCUCAGGUUUUGAAGUCCUGAGAAUGCUACCUACUUUGAAAAUAAUUUGAGAAAAAUCAUAGUUAAUUCAAAAUUGUGUAAACAACGCCACUGAUCAGCUUUACCAGUUUUAAUAAAUGGUUCAGUGAAACAAUUUGCUGAAGUAUUCUCCUAGUGUGUCACAGAUAUCCAUUACAGUUCUGAGGACCAGGACAGAAAGGUAUCAGGAAGUGCUCUCUACUUUAGAAAUUGUAAUGAAAAGUCAACAUACUUUAAACAACAAAAUAAGAUCCUAUCCCAGAUUCCUGUCACUCUUUUCUGUUUUUAAAAAUGUCCUAUUUUCCACACAAGAAUCUGUAUGUAGUAAUGAUGAACGGAACUGACAAACUAAUUUUUUAAAAUUCUCUUUUCAUAAGAAGUUUAUUUAUGCAGUGCUCAGGGUCCUGUACAACAGAGUAAAAACAUACAUACUGUAAUAAAAACAGUUUUGUUUUUAAUACAAACAUGAAAAUCAAUGAGAAGUGUUUAAGAAAGCAGUUGUGGGAAGGGUGGCAGUCAAAAGUGGUCAUUCUAAACACACAGUUUACAGUUGCUUUUUAAAAUGCUGGUUCCCUUAAAGUUCCCUUCAAAAACAAAAUCUUAAGUCCCAACUCAUGCUCAAAUUAGAGCAUGAUUCCUGCUGAAAGGCUAGAGACCAGCCUGUUAGACAUGUAUUAACUACAGAAACAAGAACUCCAGUGAUCAGUGAAAGAAAUGGGUCAAAGAAUAAGGCAGCCUGAAAUAAUCAGACUGCACAUUACCAUUAACGUUCAAUUGAACAGAUCUUUAUUUCAUCUAUGAACAAGGACACAAGUUAGUCAUCACUGUUUCCCAACCCCUAUGAACUUCUAGCAGAAAUGGAGAUCAUUCUUUAAGCAGCCAUUUGUCCAUUUCCUCUCCAGCUUAAACCCCAUCCAUUUCAAGUCCAAGAGAGCAAGAAAUCACGGUAGCGUUUGAGUAUGAGCAUCAGCCAAACACAUCGCCACCACAAUAAAACCCUUAACAAUUGUCAGUAAGAUGAUUAGCAUCCCACAUGAAAGUAGAGACCGAAUAAUUUUCAGCAGCAAUAAAGAGACUUAAUAUAAUCCAUAGGAUUUAUAAAUCUGAGGCUGAAAGUCUGAUGGUGGCAUAAGGCUCUGAUGUCAAAGAACAUAAGAUGUGCCUAUCUGCACAGGAACUAGACGACAUAAGCAUCAAAACAGCAGUUCCACUGUUUGUUGACAGAUAAGCUACUGACAGUUCUACACCUGAAAGGGUGAAGACUAUCUGAAAAAUUUCAAUCAGCCUCAAAAAUAAGGUCAACCACAGAAUUCUAUGAUACUCAUUAAAGUAAGGGAGUUUGAGAACAUGCUCAAAAAUGGGUUUGUUUCUCUACAAACCAAGUGUUAACUGAUUACCUGAUAUUUUAGUGGUAUUUAGACACUGAGAACGUGUAGCAAGCGCAUCGUUAGCUUUACGGAUCUACUUAAGUUCCUGUUUUACAAAUUCUGUAUCCAAUUUCAGAUUUUUUCCAUCUUAGUUAAAGAAAGCUUACAUAUAAAUACAUUCCUGUAUUCAUUUACACAGUACCUCUUUUGAUCAUUGUGUUUUCAUAACAUUCAUGCUCAAAAAACACAGUUUAAUUAUGCGAUGGAAACAUCAACUGCAUAUUGUACUUAUCCAACAUUUGAUGUCAGCAUUUAGCAACACAUAGCCAAGCAUACAUGCAACUGCAGUGUCUUUAACCUUUCCCUGUCUUACAUUUGCAUUCAUAUUUUGAGGUUUCAUAUUGCUUACACUGAUAUAAUUUCUGCGAGUCUGUAUACCCUAGAAGUACAGUGAUGACUGUAGGUCACAGUAACUGCGUGAAACUUCCUGAGAUCGGGCAGUAACAUAAUUGUUCCUUGAACAAAACGAAUCAGUUUGGAAAUUGUGAUAUAAAUUAGGUAUAUAAACACGUGCAACAACCAGCAUAAGUUUAAAUGAAGUUGUUCACAGACAGAGUUAGUUUUUAAAUGCAAAAUAGUAACAUAAGAUUUAGAAAAUGGGGAAUGAAAAACAAAUCAAUCCUUCAAGUUUUAUCCACUUUUCAGUUAAUGUGUUAUUUCUUUCUCAUCUCAGGACAAGUUAUCUAUUUAGAUGCUGUCAACAGGCAAGACCCACUGUCGUGGUGAACAGCCCCACAAUAUCAAGUUAGAUUAACCACUGAUUUUUCCAGUCAUUUCCAAAAAUAAGUCUGGCUGCAACAUCUGGCUAUAUUAAAGAAGAAGGAUAGCUAUGAUACAAACCACGCUUACUAAGCCAGAAACAAAUCAUUAAACAGAUCUGUUUUGUGUAGAACAGCAUUCAGACCAUGCCUGAAUCACCUCCCCAAUUUUGCCCCAGUAAUUUUUUGAAGCAUAGUCUUUUUUUUUUUUUU